AUGGCCACGGCGGCGCAGAGCGGAGUGGAGAAAUUAGGGUUUGCGCGUGACCUGGGCGCGUUCGCGGGUCACGGGUCGCGUUCCAGUCGUCCCGUCCGUUCUCAUCAUGUCCGUUCUCAUCCUGUGCGUUCUCAUCCUAGGUUCGUUCAUGGUUGCUCUUUGCUCUCCAUGACAACAUCAUCUGAAACCCCACAAUCUGGAAUGUCUAAACCAACCGGAGAUAAUGUUGACCUAGCAUGGCAGUUUAAUAGUGUAAAAGACAAGAAUAAUAGGAAGAAGGUGACAUGUGAUUUUUGUCAAGUUGAAACUAGUGGUGGAAUUACUAGAGCAAGACAACAUCAGUUAGGAAUAAGGGGAGACGUAAAAAGCUGCAGAAAAAUACCACCAGAUUGUAAGCUAUUGUUGCAGACAGAUUAUGAUGAGAAACAAGCACUAAAAGAUGGAAUAUUAAAUGAGAUGGAAGUUCAAAUUGACGAUGAUGUUAAUGAUGAUGUAGCUGAAAUAAGGAGAAGUCGAAGUGGAAAAAGGGCAAUUGAAGCCCCUUUACCGGCUGCCAAGAAGACAAAAGACAAGAGACAAACAAGCAUAAUUGAUACUUGUGACAAAGAAGCAAGAGCAAGAACGGUACAAUACAUUGCUCGUUUUUUUUACACAAAUGGAAUUGCUUUCAAUGUUGCAAGAUCAAAAAGCUUCAAGUUGAUGUUGGAAGCAGUUGGAAAUUACGGUCUUCAUUUGAAACCUCCAAGCUAUCAUGAGUUGAGGGUUCCACUCCUUGAAAAAGAGUUGGAAUAUACAAAGGCUUUGUUGAAUGGUCAUCAAUUGCAUCGCGCAAAAUACGGAUGCUCAAUUAUGUCAGAUGGUUGGACGGAUAGAAAGAAUAGGAGUUUGAUAAAUUUCUUGGUGAAUUCCACAGCAGGAACAAUGUUUGUGAAGAUUAUUGAUGCUUCUGCCUACAUGAAGACUGGAAUUAAAAUAUUUGAGCUAUUGGACAAUUUUGUCGAGGAGAUUGGUGAACAAAAUAUUGUUCAGGUGGUUACUGACAAUGGAAGUAAUUAUGUAUUGGCUGGUAAACUACUAACUGCCAAGAGACCACACUUGUUUUGGACUCCGUGUGCUGCACAUUGUCUAGACCUGAUGUUAGAAGAUAUUGGAAAGAUUGUUAAGGUUAAAACGGUUAUUCAAAAAGGGAUUAGUCUUGUUGGCUUCAUUUAUAACCACACAUUGGCGUUGAACAUAAUGAGGAAGAACGCUGGCAAUGUUGAAUUGGUUAGACAUGGAGUCACAAGGUUUGCUACCAUAUUUCUUACUUUGCAAAGAUUGCAUAAACAAAAAACCAACCUUAGAAAGAUGUUCACUUCUGAAGAAUGGUUGAAGUCCAAGGCAGCAAGCGAUCCUAAGGGAAAGAAGGCAACUCGUAUUGUACUUUUGACAUCAUUUUGGAAUGAUAUCAUCUACACUCUUAAGGUUAUGGGACCUCUUGUACAAGUGUUAAGACUUGUUGAUAAUGAGAAAAAACCUGCAAUGGGAUAUAUAUAUAUAUAUAUGCAGCAACGAUCAAGGCCAAGGAGGAUAUUCGAAAAUCUUUCAAUGAACAAGCAAGCAAGUACAUAG